UGCCGCUUUUGAAUGGGUGAUUUCUAGGGACAGGAUUGCAUUCUCCUGUUUCUGUUCGUGACGAUACAUCGCAAAAUUUCAUUGUGUCACAGAAGGUUUGGGCUCUUUUCAUUAUCUAUGAUGUUUCACAAGUAGGUGCUUCACGCAGCUAACAACAAAGAAAUAUAGGUUCAGUUUUUUUUUGCAAAGCUGAACAGAGUGAGAAAAAUAUAACGAUUAUCGCGUUCUCUUGUAGCGUUAUGCGGCCCCGGUAGUAGUGAAACGACGCAUACCUUCAAGGCCUUCAACGCGGAACCUGCUCGUCUUGCUCGGGUGUUCGUCUAAGUCCGUCGGCGAUCUUCACGUCAUCUCCCAAAAUAUAACACGUAGCACUAAAGCUUACGCUUUCUCGACCAAAUAGAGCAAAAUGGGCAAAAAGAAGGAGGCAGCUGGCGGCGAAGAGGAACGGCUGCGCAUCGCAAUUGUAUCCGCGGAUCGUUGCAAGCCCAAAAAAUGCAAGCAAGAGUGCAAGAAAUUUUGUCCGGUUGUGAGAACUGGAAAAAUGUGUGUCGAAGCCGCAAAAGACUCCAAGACCGCAUGGAUAUCCGAGUCGCUGUGUAUAGGGUGCGGUAUUUGCGUGAAGAAGUGCCCCUUCGAAGCGAUCAACAUCAUCAACUUGCCGAAAGACCUUGGUACCCCUAAUACGGUUGAUACCCUCUGUAGUUGUAGAUCUACGAAUCUUGAAUAAUUGCCACCUGUUCAAAGAGGGUGAUGCGCAUCUACUUACAUUUUGGGGCCUUUAUUUUUCUGAAACAGAUUCAUCGCACGAAGAACAUGAUUAGCUUACUAAAUAUCGUAACUUACAACAAAUCUGUCGUCCUCAAAAGGCAAAGAAACGACGCACCGAUACGGCCCAAACACCUUUAAGCUGCAUAGACUACCAAUGCCAAGGCCAGGCCAAGUAUUAGGACUCGUAGGAACAAACGGCAUAGGAAAAUCAACGGCAUUAAAAGUUCUUUCAACGAAGCUGAAGCCCAACCUUGGAAGGUAUUUUUAGAUGCUCUUAUACUAUUUAGGCCAAGAACAAAGUCGUUGUUGAAACUCAUUCAAUCUAUUCUUUCGAAUUUUUUUCUGUGAUUAUAUAUACUGGAAUGGACAAAGAAUGUUUCAGACAGUGACACGAGGAAAUAUGAAGAACUAUAUGAAGUAAAAAUUUUCGGCACUAAAUCCUGUAAGUACUAUAAUUUGUAUAUCAUCUUUUUCCCGAUUUUUCAGGUUUGAUAGCCCACCAGACUGGACAGAGAUUUUGGCGUAUUUUCGGGGGUCUGAGCUGCAGAAGUUCUUUUCACAAAUGCUCGAGGAUAAGCUGAAGUCGACGACAAAACCGCAAUACGUGGAUCAACUGAAAACAAAGGUAAUUAUACUUACGAAAUGGCCUUAGCCUUACUCUCACGCUUCUAUUCAUUGCUUAUUUUUAGAGGACUUGGACUUGGUCGGGGACGGAAUCACUAAAAUGUGGGUAUUGAUGAAAUGGUCAUUUUAUCGUCAUUUCUUAUCAAGCAUACUUUUUUCCUAAUGAAUGAAUAUCAGGUUGCGGGUCGCGUCGGUCAGAUUAUAGAGGCAAAGGACGAGAAAAAAGUUGCCGAUAGAUUGUCAAAAGAGCUAGAAAUCGACCACCUCUUGGAGCGUGAGGUCAAGGAUCUUUCCGGAGGAGAGUUGCAGAGAUUUGCAGUCCUUGUCGCGGCAAUCCAGGACGCGAAUGUGUAUCAAUUCGAUGAGCCCAGUUCCUAUUUAGACGUGAAGCAGCGAUUAGCGGCGUCGCGUGUUAUUCGUCAGCUAGUAAGGGACGACAACUACGUUGUGGUGGUGGAGCACGACUUGGCAGUCCUCGAUUAUUUGAGCGACUACGUUUGCUGUCUCUGGGGUGCGGCCGGUGCCUACGGCGUGGUGUCGAUGCCUAGUUCGGUACGAGAGGGUAUCAACAUUUUCCUCGACGGUUUCUUGCCGUCAGAGAAUCUGCGCUUUCGCGAGGUCUCACUCACCUUCAAAGUGAGCGCGGACGAAACAGCACAGGUGAAAGAGCGCAUGCAUAACAUUCCUUAUCCGGAUCUGAAGAAAAAGAUGGGAGACGGCCAGCGGGCAUUCGAGCUCACCGUCGAAGCGGGAAACUUCUGCGACAGCGAAAUCAUUGUCAUGCUCGGGCAAAACGGAACGGGAAAGACCACUUUCAUCCGAAUGCUGGCGGGUCUGAUAAAAUCGGACGAAAUUGAGGGUGAGGAGCAGGAGCAGCUACCAAAAAUGAACGUCAGUUACAAGCCGCAGACAAUCACGGCCAAGUUUCAAGGUAAUAGAUAGAUGCACAAGCAAACAUAGAAUGAUAGACUCAUUCUGGCACCUGCAACUCAGGAGCAAAUGAUGCAAAUGCCCUUUCUUACUACAGAAGAAGAGAUCUAUUUUUUUUGAACUUAUCACUCCUUCAACACUUGUCGGCGCAAUCGCAAGGAAGAGCAUCCUAGUACACUCACGCUUUUUCAGGUACCGUGGAGCAGUUGCUAAUGGGGAAAGUUAGAGAAAGCAUGCUUCAUCCGCAGUUUCAGUCAGACGUGGUGAAGCCCAUGCUCAUCGAACAAAUCAAGGAUCAGGAAGUCCAGAAUCUGAGUGGUAAAGAUUUAUUACAUGUCGUUGUAAAACCGAUUCCGAAACGAACUAGAACUAGAUUAGAAAGCUAUGUGGAUUCAAAGUGAUGAGUUUUCGCUGCUCGAAUUCGAAAUUAUAUCUACUCGUCGUAUUGAAUUACUUUAUAUGAUGAGAAGUGUAUUUCAUCUCUAUUUCGUUUGUACCAGGUGGUGAGUUGCAGCGCGUAGCUAUCGUGCUGUCUCUCGGAAAGCCGGCAGACAUGUAUUUGAUCGAUGAGCCGUCUGCCUACCUAGACGUCGAACAGCGUAUCGUUGCCGCGCGAGUGAUCAAGCGAUUUAUCUUGCACGCGAAGAAGACCGCCUUUAUCGUGGAGCACGAUUUCAUCAUGGCGACCUACAUGGCAGACCGAGUGAUUGUGUAUCACGGUGAGCCCGGUGUCAAAUGUACGGCAACCAAACCGCAAUCACUGGUUGAGGGAAUGAACCAAUUUUUGCAGCAACUGGACAUCACCUUCCGACGAGACCCCACCAACUAUCGACCCCGAAUCAACAAGAUGCUCUCUGUCAAAGAUCGCGAACAGAAGGAGGUGGGCAGGUACUUCGUGCUCGAGGACUAA